GUUCGCUAUCGCAAAGAGGAUGGCGCCUACGUUCUAAGUCUGAUGUAUGAGAAGGAGCCGCGGCACUACAAAAUUGAGCAACACCUUAACCGACUCUCAAUCGAGGGGGGCCAAUACUUUGAGACUCUCAUUGAGGUAAGUCUUCGGUGUCGACACCGUUCAUACUAUUGA